AUGGAUGAAUAUUGGAAGAGAAGUGGACAAAUACCAACUUUCGGAAACUGGGAUAUUGCGAACGAGUUGCCAAUAACUCAAUACUUCGAGAAUGCAAGACAUGCUGGUUUGAUUCGUUACAGUUCUUCAUCUGGCGAGAGCGCUCCUUACCUGCACGGAGAACAAGAUCUGUAUGCAGUUGAUUCCAAGAAACCAGUUGAAAAGGAGACGAGGAACAGAGAAACGAGAAUGAGAAAACAGGGCAAAGUGUACGAUGUAACAGAAUAUCCCAGGAAGGCAAUGAACAAGAAGAAGACAUCAACGACUCCUUUACCAACCAGAAAUCCAAAGCCAGUUGACGAAGAUCUCUACAAAAUUUCUCCACAACUUCUUCGCAAAACCAAACGGAAAAAAAUGUUGGCUUUCAUUUCGAUGUGUCUGGUGCCUGGUGCCUGCGUUUCAUGA